AAUCCUAGGUUUUGCCUUCACACACAAUCACAACCAGACAGUAUGGCAGAGAAACUCCCCGAAACUGAAGCCGCCGCCCCUGCCACCGCUGCCGCCGCUGAAGAUAUGGACCUAGAAACUUCAGAGCCCGCCGCGGCUCAAAAUCCGGACGAGGUCGAAGCUACUGACGGGGAGGCUGAGGCGAACUCGAAGCGGGUGAGGGACGAGGAGGGGAGUGAAGAAAACGAUGCAAAGAAGACGAAAGUGGAGAAGUCGCCGGAGGAAGAACGGUUUGAGAAGAAAUUUGAGGAAGGAGAGAAGUCGGGUCGGGUCAGCUUGGGUCCGAAGAGUUUUGGGUCGUCGGUGGAGAUGUUCGACUACUUCUACAAGUUCCUCCAUUACUGGCCUACUGAUCUCAAUGUCAAUAAGUAUGAAUAUCUGGUUUUGCUGGACUUGCUUAAGAAGGGUCAUGCCGAGCCUGAUAAGAAGAUUGGCGGAGGGGUCAAGGCUUUCCAAGUUCGGAUCCAUCCGUUGUAUAAAAGCAGGUGCUUCUUCCUCAUUAGGGAAGAUGAAGUUGUUGAUGAUUUUAGCUUCAGGAAGUGUGUGGACCAUAUACUUCCCUUGCCUGAGAACAUGAAAGCAAACGCUGAAGCCAAUAAAGUCUUAGGUGGCAAGGGCGGCAGGGGUGGUGGCGGUGGUGGAGGCUGGCGUGGUCGUGGAAGGGGUAAGCCGAGAAACUGAAAUGUAGUCUCUAGUUUCCCGUUGCUCGCGUUUGUGUUUAGCAAAGUUUCAAAGUAGAAAAGUUUUGGACCUGGUUAUAUUACUUCUAUUUUAUUGAAGCUAAAACAGUUUGUGUCUAUCCAAAUUUUGAUUCUUAAUGACUUCUUUUGCUGUUUCUA